ACAUUGGCGCGUUUAGCGAAACAGUGCAAAGAGUGUGAGGCCAAAGCUGAGGCACUCGAGGAGGAACGAGACGCUGAGUGUGCGGCUCGAAGCCGAGCCGAACGAGGUCGAUCGGAUGUGCAUCGAGAGUUGAGUGAGUUGAACGAUCGUCUGGACGAGGAACGCGGCGUGACAGCGCGACAGAUUGAGAUUGGGAAACGUCAAGAGGCUGAGAUUGCAAAACUAAGACGCGAACUGGACGAGAUGAAGGUCAGGGAGUAUUCGCAGCUGAACGCAUUGAAUAAGAAAAAUACGGACGGAAUUGCAGAGUUGAACGAUCAAAUCGCUGAAAUGAAACGACAAAAGGCGAAAAUUGAUAAGGAAAAGGCCAGUCUGACGAGUCAAGUCGAGAUGGCAAUGUCACACUGCGAUGCGCAGACAAAACUUCGUGCUGAUGUUGAGCGUCGUCGCAAAGAACUUGAAGUAACAUUAGCGGAUUUGGGACAACACUUCGAUGAGCAAUCGGCGAAACUCCAAGACUCAACAGCGAUCAGAAAUCGUACGUCGUCAACGAAUGACGAGUUGAAGAGUCGUAUUGAGGAGCUGCAAGCAGAGAUCGAUGCGAUCACCGGCUUGAAGACACAAAUCACCCAUCAGCUGGACGAAACAAGACAAUUGGUAGCUGAAGAGAAUUCCGAAAAGAAACGACUUGAUACAUUGGUUAAGAGUCUUCGGAUUGAAAGUGAACACACGAAUGCAUCGUUACAGGACGAGAUAGCUGCUCGAGACGAGCUAGAAGCGCAAUUGAACAGAGCGCUUGCAGAAGUACAACAACUGAAGGGACGAUUCGAAAGUGCUGAUUUGCUGGAUGAGAAUGUCAUCGAGAAGCAAAAAAUGAUGACAUGUUCAGCGAUAAAAGAAAUCGAGAUGAAGCUGGACACGAGUAAUGCCAAAAUAACGACACUUCAGAAGGAAAAGGAUCGAUUGAGCGAAGAAGUGAACGAUAUUAACAAUGAAGUGGAGCGAUUGAGCAGUUAUAUAGGCCAAUUGAAUAAGAAAGAGAAAAGUUUCAACGAAACGAUUGGCGAGUGGAAAAAACGUGUUGAUGAUGCCAGUAACGAAUUGGAUUCAGCACAACGCGAAUGCAGACUGUGCACAUCGGAUCUCUUCAAGGAACGUACUGUGAACGAUAAUCUCACCAUGCAAAUGGAGGGUUUGAAAUAUGAAAAUGCAAAUUUGGAUAAGCAAUUAAAAGAGCUGCGUGUUCAGUUCGAAAACGGUGGUAAGAGCAUAAAUGAGAAGCAAAAAAUGAUGAAAAGCUUCGAGUUGGAGAAAGAGGAACUGCAACGUUUGGUUGACGAAACUGAGGCAGCCGCCGAAAGUGAACAAAAUAAAGUUUCCAGAUUCCAAACAGAAAUCAAGGAGAUUCGAGCAAAUAUCAGCAAGAAGCUGAAAGAGAAGGAGGAAGAAUUUGAGAAUGUUCGCAAAAAUUAUCAGAUUUCAAUGGAAUCCAUUCAGGUGGAGUGUGUUUUGGGAUCGCUUGAAGCUGAGAAAAAUGAAAAAUCAGAAUUACAACGGCUGAAGAAGAAACUUGAAGCGGAUGUGAACGACCUCGAAACUGCUCUAACGCAUGCGAAUUCGGCCAACGAAGACACACAGACGAAUCUGAGGAAGUAUGCACAGCAGAUCAGUGAGCUGCAGCACGUACUCGAGGAUGAGCAGAUACGACGACAACAAUUCAGUGAAGAUUGUGUAAAUGCUGAGAAACGUCUGGCAUUUGUACAGUCCGAAAAAGAAGUUCUUGAGCUGAAAUCAUCACAGGUGCCUUUCGAUUCUCAAUUAAGAACGAAUGAAGAACGACUAUCAACAACGUAUAUCCCAACCAGAUGUAGCAGUGUUGAAUUUCAGGCUGAACGACUUAACAAUCAGCUGGCACUCGAAACGAAUGAAGUACACCAGCAAAUCGACAAACUCACGAUUCAGUGCAACGACAUUAACGCUGCUAACAGACGAAUGCAAGAGGAUAUUGCAGAUCUGGAUGAAGCUUCGAACGAGUUGAAGAAUUCAGAAAAAUUAUUCAAAGCAAACGCUUUGGAAGCAUCGAAUGCUUCGGAACAACUACGAAUGGAACAAGCCAGAAGUGAGAUGAUCGAACGUGAGCGUAAAUCAUUGGAGAUGAGCGUUAAAGAUGUACAGUGCAAACUGGAUGAACAAGAUGCAGCGAUGUUGACAGUGGCAAAGAAUGAAGUGAACAAGAUGGAAGAUCGAUUGAAGACGUUGAAUGCGGACGGUGAAAAUGCGCGAAGACGAACGCAAGAUGCGAUGAAGACGAUUACGAAACAACAACGACAAAUACGACAACUCGAAUUCGAAAUCGACGAGAAUUUGAAACGAAACACUCAAAUGAAUGAACUCAUUGAGAAGUUGCAAAACAAACUGAAGCAGCAGAAGAAACAAAUUGAUGACGCGGAAGAACUGGCCACAUUGAAUUUACAAAAGUAUCGACAGAUUUAUACGCAAGUACAGAAUGCUGAAGAACGAGCUGAAGCAGCCGAGAACAGCGUUCAGAAGAUAAGGUCCAAAACGAAACUGAGAAAUUCUGGUAGAACCGGCAACGUUUCUCCACAUCAGUGA